AAAUUUUAGUUCUGUAAUAGUUUUUAAAGGAGUUUCAUCAAUUGAAAAUAAAGAAAUAUGAAAUCUUCGAAAUGGCUCAAAUUUGUUUCACCAUCAUCCAUUGGAAGUAUUACAGCCGCUAUGCUGGCAUUGUAUCCGGCUGGAUCGGAGAGGGUUCAAUGGACAGAAGCCAUAGCCCUUAAACUAUGCUAUAUCAUGGGUGGAUUUCUAGUUAGUUACUUCUCCGUCAAAGCUUUAAUGUGGACUAGAAAGAGACUUCUCAUAUCCCUAUUCUCCUACACUGGAUGGAUGAUCCAACCAAAAUCACUGAAAGCAAAGAUAUGGGCGAUAAUGAUUAAAGUACUACGGGGUCCAAGACCAUUUAAAACGUUCUCCUUCCAAAAUCUAAUACCGAAACAACCGUUACCAGAACUGAAUGCAACACUGGACAAAUGGCUCAAGGUCAGCAGGCAAUUUGUAACUGAAGAAGAAUUCUUACAAACCGAAAAGCAUGUAGAACAUUUCAGGAAGAACCAAGGUCCUAAACUUCACGCUUAUUUAAUAGAGAAAGCCAAGAAAUCAGAUAGCUGGCUCAACGAUUAUUGGCUUCAGGGCGCUUAUUUAGCUAGUAGAAAACCUCUAGCCGUUUAUAGUAACUAUUUCGUUUCGAAUCACUUGACUAAGGAUAGAGUUGAUUCCGGUUUACCAAGAGCAGCUAACAUUGUUCAUCAUCUAUUGCAAAUGAAUGAAGAUAUUAAAAAUGAACUUAUCGAGCCAGUUCUUCUUCAAGAUUUAGUUCCACUGUGCAUGAGCGGCUACAAAACUCUAUUUGGUACUUGUCGCAUCCCUGGUCUACAUAUGGAUAGUAUAUCUAUGAGUAAAGAAUCUCAACAUAUCGUUGUAUUAAGACGAGGGCACUACUAUAAAUUACAAGUGAAAGUGAAUGGAUUAAUACUGAGUCCAGGCGAACUAAAGAAUCAGCUUCAAAAGAUACGUAAAGAUGCUGAUGGAAGGGAACCGUGCAGAGAAAAUUUUGCCAGUUUAACGUGCGAUAAUAGAAGUUCUUGGGCUAAUAAUAGAGAAUACGUGAAAAAGACUAAUGAAAAACUAUUAAAUACUAUUGAAACUUCCCUAUUCCAUAUUGUUUUGGACGAUACGAUACACGAAGAUAUUUCGGCGAGAUCUCGCGAUUUAACUCUUGGUAAAGGUUGGGAUAGAUGGUUCGAUGUUGGCUUUACGGCAGUUUUUUAUGAAGAUGGGUCAAUGGGCUGUAAUGUUGAACAUUCAACUCUUGACGCUAUGGUAUUCGCAAACGUUAUAGAAUAUGUUAUGAUACGUGAACAAUACUGUCUUCUAGACAUCGCUCAGGUUGGUUCGUUAAGGAACCUACCGGACGCUGAGAGAUUAGAAUGGAACACUGACGAAAAAUUAACUGAUAUGUUGAAAAUAUCAACGGAGAAUUAUGAAAAACUGAAUGAUAGAUUAGAUUUAAUCGUUCAAUCGGCGCCUUUCGGCAAAGGAAUAAUGAAAAAAUGUCGCCUUAGUCCUGAUGGAUUUAUUCAAAUGGCACUCCAAUUAGCAUUCUAUAAAAAGCGUCAAGAAAUUGCCAAAACGUAUGAACCAGCAACUGGUAGACUAUUUCUUUUGGGUAGAACGGAUACCGUUCACCCAGUGUCGGAAUACUCAAAGAAAUGGGUUGAAUGUAUGACCAAUAAAGAUCACACUGACUCAGAAGAGAAGAGAACACUACUCUCGAAAGCCGUUAAAAAUCAAACGCAAUUCCGUCUAGACGCUACUAUGGGUAAUGGAUGUGAUAGACAUUUGUUUGCUCUGUACUGCGCUUCCAGAGAAUUGGGAAUGGAUCCUCCAAUGAUAUUUCCCGACUCUGCUUGGAUGAAAGACUUUAAACUAUCAACAUCUCAGACUCCAACCAUUAUCUAUAGUCUAAUGAAGGGUAAAGGGUCAAUAUUUGAGGAUGGAAUAGGAGGUUUCGGACCACAAUGCGACGAUGGUUACGGAAUAUCUUACGUUAUCUACGGAGAGAAUUUAAGUUAG